AUGUCAGACGCUCUGAAGCAGAAACGCCGGGCAUCCCGGCUGGUGGCCGCAUUUGGAGCGUCAUUAAAUGGCCUCGGCGUCGGUAGGUCGCAAAGCCCAGACCUCGUCAACGCGACCAACUCUCUGCUGUACACCUUCAUCCUUUGGCCGGUCGGCAAUCCGCUCUAUGUGGCCGGGCUGUGCGACAACAACGGCUCCAGCAUCACCAGGUCCGCCGCGAUGACGGCACCUGCUACACCGACCGCGCGAUAUCCCCUGGCGCGUCGACUUCCGCCACCUACCGCUCUAUCAUCGACUGGGCCGGCCCGCGCAAAGUUUUUCCGCGGUUUCAGCGUCUACCUCUUUGAGCGCAUCAGCGCCGGUCUCGUCGAAAGGUACAUCGGCAACCUGUUCGACUACUACGCCACCUUGCAGGUCGUGCGCAAGCGCAGGCUUAACGAGAUCGAAGAGCAGAUAUUUCACGUCAGGGGGGCCGCUGCCGAUAAAGACCGCCAUAUAGACUUGUAG